AUUGAGCUGUGUCAUCAGUUCCCUCACGGUAUCACAGACCAGGUGAUUCAAAAUGAUAUGCCACACAUGGAAGCCCAGCAGCGAGCCAUGGCGAUCAACAGGCUGCUCUCAAUGGGGCAACUGGACCUUCUCAGGAGCAACGCGGGCCUCCUAUAUAGAAUCAAAGAGUCUCAAAAUGCAAGUAAAAUGAAAGGCUCUGACAAUCAAGAGAAACUGGUUUACCAAAUUAUAGAAGAUGCAGGCAACAAAGGUAUAUGGAGCAGGGACAUUAGAUAUAAAAGUAAUUUGCCUUUAACAGAGAUCAACAAGAUACUGAAAAACUUGGAAAGCAAGAAACUAAUUAAAGCAGUUAAAUCUGUGGCAGCAUCCAAGAAGAAGGUGUAUAUGCUGUAUAACCUGCAGCCUGACCGGUCAGUGACUGGUGGGGCUUGGUACAGUGACCAAGACUUUGAGUCUGAAUUUGUGGAGGUGUUAAAUCAGCAGUGUUUUAAAUUUCUACAGAGUAAGGCAGAAGCAGCUCGAGAGAGCAAACAGAACCCCAUGAUACAGAGGAACAGCUCAUUUGCCUCAUCCCAUGAGGUGUGGAAAUACAUCUGUGAACUGGGUAUCAGUAAGGUAGAGUUGUCAAUGGAAGAUAUUGAAACCAUUUUAAAUACACUAAUAUAUGACGGAAAAGUGGAGAUGACUAUCAUUGCUGCAAAGGAAGGGACGGUAGGCAGUGUGGAUGGACAGAUGAAAUUGUACAGAGCUGUUAGUCCUCUCAUACAACCCACUGGAUUAGUCAGGACACCCUGUGGGCUCUGUCCCGUUUUUGAUGAUUGCCAUGAAGGUGGUGAGAUUUCUCCAUCAAACUGUAUUUAUAUGACAGAGUGGCUGGAGUUCUAAAGUGAAAGAAAACUGUAAACUGGAUUUGUGCUUCACAGACAAAGCAGCUU